GUUAUACUCGACCAAAUAAGGUGAAUGAGGUGUCCUUGGAUAGCCUUUGAAUUCUAGUUUCUUAUUUGAGUGGUCUCUGUUCGAUAAGGGAGAGUUUAUCAUACAAAAAUCGAGCUGGAGUGAACUGCUGUCUGUAAACUCGAGCAGUGAGAGUGUUGAGGCUGUUUGGUUGAUAUCUCGAGUUAUACCAAUCCAAAUAAGGCGUGCGAGAUACCAAAAGAAAUCUCUCAAGAAGAGGAAUCCGUGAAGGUCUGGUAUGCAUCAAUCGGAGUAGUGGAACGCUUCCAAAUCGUCCGAGCAAAACAAAACCAUGCAGAAACGGAUUUACUCUCCUAAAGAAACGAGUUAGCCGGAAAACACCCAUUCUAGGGGCUGUUUUCGUAUCAACGAUUAGGGGUUGAACUAGCACUUGAGAAGGCUGUUUAACACUCAUUUCCAAGCAAGGAAUCAGUUCUCAAACCUUCUUGGCCGAGGCUUUGGUCGUUGGAUUGAGAAGGAAGGUUUUAAAGCUCAUUUGAGGUUGAGGCUUGAGCUUGCAUCCUGUGCUCGUUGAUUGAGUGAUUCCUCGGAGAGAAGACUUGUGAGCAGGCAGCGAGAUCAAAGUUUACUUCAUUAACUGUCCUGGUUGAUCAUCAAAGGGUCAGUGCAGAGCAAGAUGGUGAUUGUGACACAGUAAAGGCUCUACAUUGCACAAAGUUCAUUACGGGGUUUAAUGGCACUGAGUUAGAGAGUUAUGUAUAAAAUCCAUAAUCUGAAACACCACUCUACAGAUAAGAUAUUUUAUUAGGCCCGUUUUUUAUAGGGUGAAACGCUACUCAUGUUCCUUUUUUUGCAUUCCAGCCAACUACUUGGUUUAUUCUCUUAUUUUUCCAAUUUGCCGAUUUAUGGAGUCUAUAUUUUUAUCUCCAAGUCCUGAUUUGGCAGAGUAUAUUGGUAUUCUUAAGAAUAUAUUUUAGAGCUCUUUAAAGUUGCAUCAGUUUGAUUGUUGUGAUGUAUAUAAAACAAUCUUAUUUUACUCUGAUGCAUACUUAUUCUCAAUGACAAGGUGUAAUUUAGGAUGCAUUGGCCCUCUAAAUACUUCUAUGUAGGUCAAUGGUACGCUCAAGCUUAGAUUCAUUCUCUAAGGGUUUUCAAAAGUUUUCUUAAAUAAGGGAAUUAUCUAACUUAUAACAAUAUAUUAUUAGAUUAAUUCUAAUUUUAAUUUCGCUUAUGGAACCUACAAUAUGUUUUGGUCGAGAGUAGUGACUGGCUGACUGCUAAAGAUGUUGCUGCUGUAGUAAAUCUUUUGAGCAUGCUUCGUGUUUCGGAUCAAAAUCUUUCCAGAGCCGUUUGAUUUACUGAUAUGAGAAUUUGUUGGUGGAAAUGGGGAUGGAGGCGUCUUCCUUAAGGUCUAUGGAGGGGAAGGCUCCGGCGGGAGGAGCGGGAAAAGAAACUGGAUUGUUAUUAUUAUGGGAAUCAUGGUCAUUGUAGGUCUCCCCUUGUCAUUGGCAUUGCGGAAAGAGCUCGAUUUAGAUAUGGUGUUUGGUGUUUUGGGGUUAUGCCUAUUUUUGUUGUCGGUAAAUGUGUGGAGAAGAAGGGUUUCUGAUUGGGUUUUGGGGUUCUGCUGUUGUGCAUUUGGAGGUUUUGUCUUCACUGAAGAUUUACAGAGAGGGGUUUAUUUUCUUGAGGAUUGCCAAGAGAAGGAAAAGAAAAUGUUCUUGAGAAGAGGGGGAGUGUUCCGGAGGUACAAAAUUCUUUGUUUUUGCACUAAGAGGAAUUUUCACUUAUGUGCUUAAAGUGUUCGCUUAUUUGCGGCUGCAAGAUGUGCCAACCGAGUAUAUAUGUCAAUGGAGCUCCAUGAUUCUCUUAUAGAUAUUAAUAGCAAUGAGGACUUUGUUUUUAUUCUAUUAUUGAAAAAGCGGAUUUUUUUGCCUGAUAUAGUAGUAGCCUAUCACAAAUGAUAUUAUGUUA